GGCGCCCAGUCCCGGCUCCGCGGCGCGCCCCAGAGACCCCAGCGCUCCGGGGGCAGACGGGCCGGGCCCCUUCGGCUUCAGCUGCGCCUCCGCCGGGGAAGCGAACGGAAGGCACACAGGGAGGAGUCGGGGCCCUUCCAAAGCGGGCGGCAUGGCGGACUCCGACGACCCUCCCCGGCUCCACGUUGGGGAGGCCGGCGAGGCCCAAGGCGAAGAGGGCUCCCCUCAGAAUGAUGCUUUCCCGCUCUCGUCUCUGGCCAACCUGUUUGAGAACGAGGAUGGCCCCUGCCCCGCUGAGGCGGCCCGGCUCCCCCCCGGCUCAGGGGACAGCAAGCAGCAAAACCUGCGUAUGAAAUUCCACGGGGCCUUCAAAAAGGGCGUUCCCAACCCCAAGGACCUGCUGGACUCCACCAUCUACGAGUCCUCUGUCGUCCCGGGGCCCAAGAAAGCCCCCAUGGACUCGCUUUUCGAUUACGGCACAUACCGCCAGCACCCCAACGAGAACAAGCGCUGGCGGAAGAAGAUCGGGGAGAAGCAGACCCACAGCCCGAAGGCCCCGGCCCCCAACCCGCCUCCAGUCCUCAAGGUGUUUAACCGGCCCAUCCUCUUCGACAUCGUGUCCCGGGGUUCGACCGCCGCCCUGGACGGGCUCCUCCCCUUCCUGCUGACUCACAAGAAGCGCCUGACCGACGAGGAGUUUCGAGAGCCCUCGACGGGGAAGACCUGCCUGCCCAAAGCGCUGCUGAAUCUGAGCGGGGGCAAAAACGACACCAUCCCCCUGCUGCUGGCCAUCGCGGAGCAGACGGGCAACAUGCGGGAGUUCAUCAACUCGCCCUUCCGAGACGUCUACUACCGAGGCCAGACGGCGUUGCACAUCGCCAUCGAGCGUCGCUGCAAGCACUACGUGGAGCUGCUGGUGGAGAAGGGGGCGGACGUGCACGCCCAGGCACGCGGCCGCUUCUUCCAGCCCAAGAACGAGGGCGGGUACUUCUACUUCGGCGAGCUGCCCCUCUCCCUCGCCGCCUGCACCAACCAGCCGCACAUCGUCCACUACCUCACGGAGAACGCGCACAAGCAGGCAGACCUGCGGCGCCAGGACUCCCGGGGCAACACGGUGCUGCACGCCCUGGUGGCCAUCGCCGACAACACCCGGGAGAACACCAAGUUCGUCACCAAGAUGUACGACCUGCUGCUGAUCAAGUGCGCCAAGCUCUUCCCCGACACCAACCUGGAGGCCCUGCUCAACAACGACGGCCUCUCGCCCCUCAUGAUGGCGGCCAAGAUCGGCAAGAUCGGGAUGUUCCAGCACAUCAUCCGCAGGGAGAUCACAGAUGAGGACGCCCGCCACCUCUCCCGGAAGUUCAAGGACUGGGCUUAUGGGCCCGUCUACUCCUCGCUCUACGACCUCUCCUCACUGGACACCUGUGGGGAGGAGGUGUCUGUCCUGGAGAUCCUGGUGUACAACAGUAAGAUCGAGAACCGCCACGAGAUGCUCGCUGUGGAGCCCAUCAACGAGCUGCUGCGCGACAAGUGGCGGAAGUUCGGGGCCGUCUCCUUCUACAUCAGCGUGAUCUCCUACCUCAGCGCCAUGGUCGUCUUCACCCUCAUUGCCUACUACCGCCCCAUGGAGGGCACGCCGCCGUAUCCCUACACAACGACCAUCGACUACCUGCGCCUGGCCGGGGAGAUCAUAACCCUCUUCACCGGAGUCUUGUUCUUUUUCACCAAUCUAAAGGAUCUGUUUAUGAAGAAAUGUCCAGGGGUAAAUUCGUUCUUUAUAGACGGCUCCUUCCAGCUACUCUACUUCAUCUACUCGGUGCUGGUGAUCAUCACGGCAGCGCUGUACCUGGCGGGGAUCGAAGCUUACCUGGCUGUCAUGGUCUUUGCCCUGGUCCUGGGCUGGAUGAACGCACUUUACUUCACCAGAGGCCUGAAACUUACAGGGACCUACAGCAUCAUGAUUCAGAAGAUCCUCUUCAAAGACCUUUUCCGGUUCCUCCUGGUCUACGUGCUCUUCAUGAUCGGCUAUGCUUCAGCUCUGGUCUCGCUCCUGAACCCCUGUGCCAGUGCCGAGGCCUGCAACCAAGACAAGUCCAACUGCACGGUGCCCGCCUACCCGUCCUGCCGGGACAGCAAGACCUUCAGCACCUUCCUGCUGGAUCUCUUCAAGCUGACCAUCGGCAUGGGCGACCUGGAGAUGAUCGAGAGCGCCAAGUACCCUGGCGUCUUCAUCAUCCUGCUGGUCACCUACAUCAUCCUCACCUUUGUGCUGCUCCUCAACAUGCUGAUCGCUCUGAUGGGGGAGACGGUGGGGCAGGUCUCCAAGGAGAGCAAGCACAUAUGGAAGCUACAGUGGGCCACCACCAUCCUGGACAUCGAGAGGUCCUUCCCGGUGUUCCUGAGGAAAGCCUUCCGCUCGGGGGAGAUGGUCACCGUGGGGAAGGGCACCGAUGGCACGCCGGACCGGAGAUGGUGUUUCAGGGUCGAUGAGGUGAACUGGUCUCACUGGAACCAGAAUCUGGGCAUCAUCAACGAGGAUCCAGGCAAGAACGACACAUACCAGUAUUACGGGUUCUCCCACACAGUGGGCCGGCUGCGCAGAGAUCGCUGGUCGAGUGUGGUGCCCCGGGUGGUGGAGCUGAACAAGAGCUCGCAGCCGGAGGAGGUGGUGGUCCCGCUGGAGAACAGGGGGACGUCCGACAUGCACGACUGGAAGCAAGGGCAUCCCUCAGGCUGGCGGAAAGAGGACUCCCACAUCUAACAGCGGGGUCAGGCGCGAAGAGAGAAGCCAACGCUGGCUCUGUCCUCCGCCCAGCCUCUGCUGCCCGCCAUGCACAGGCUCCAGCGUGGGUCGGCGGGGCUGACGCACACAGUGCAGGCAGGCAGAAACCAACCAGCAACGGAGCUUCUGAAACAGCCUCCCUCCCGCCAGCGGCAUGCAGCGCACAGCCGGAGCCCCCGCUCUCUCCCGGAGCCCUGCGCACGGCCCUGGGGUCUGAAAGGGCUCGUCCAGCAGGGCCCUGGCUGCCUCGACACCAGCAGCGGUGAAAUAAUCAUUUUGCUAUUGUUUGUUAUUUCCGAGUGCCGAGCCCCUGGCUCGGGACCCCUUGAGCCUGACCGUCAUGAAGUGCAGAGCAGGGCUGUGGAGAGAAGAGGGAUUUGCAGGGAAUGUUCAUGAGGUGCUCACAGGGUAGCAUCUGACUCUGCCACCCCUACGGUGUGCCCAUGCCCUGCUCUCGUCCUGCCCAUGCUGGUUUGUGUGUGCUGGGGCCCUGGUGGAGAGCCCGGCCAGUGCUGAGAUGCCAUGUCACUUCCUGGGUGCUGUGCCAGGGCUGCCCUGGGCACACACUCCCCUGGCUGGGCAGCAGCCAGUCUGUCGGCGUGCAGAGCGUCUCAGUGAGCGCGUCAUGCGUACCCCUGCCCUUGGCACCAGGAUUCCAGCUGCACCGGGAACUGCCCAGUGUCCCCUGGGGAAUGAAAUCUUGUGCCUAGUGAGUGGCACCAGUGAGCGUGUUGUGCACAUGGAACCCCACUCCCAGCCAUGGGCAAAUCUCCAGGGGCACCGGUGCAUUUGCACAAGCUUCCCCAACAAUCAGCUGGGCAAGGGGACGCCAUUGUCCAGCGACAGACAGCAAAUCUGUCUGAGCUGCCUCCUCCCAGGAGUCGGCGUUCAAGCCUAACCUUUGCUUUCUGCAAACGUCAGUGCUAACAAACCCGACCCCAGAGGUGCCCCUGCAAAGCCAAAGCACAUGGGCCUAGUGCAGAUCCCCCAGCCCUUUCCUAGCCAGGGAUCCCGUCUGUGCCCUCCACAAGCUGCGGGAGAGCCUAGAAAUCAGCUUGCCCAGUGCAGGGAGGUUCCCUACAGCAUGUUCUCCAGGCCUUAGAUCAGCCUGUUUCCAACGUCCUGGGCAACGGGGCUCCCUCCCUCUCCCUGCAGAGGUUGCUUUCACCUUAACGUGGCUCUCUGGAGAGACGGCCCAGACAGAGGGACUGGUCUCUGUCUCAGGCAGCUCCCCCCUUCACCCCGCUCUGGGCCACAGCUGCCCAUUUCCCUGCACAAAGUGUGUUAAUCAGUGACCAGUUCCAGUGCUCGUUCCCAACACACCGCGGCUGCACCAUUCAUUUCCCUCCCUGCGUUGGCAGGACAGGGCUCCAUGCAGUGGAAUCGCUGCUGUUACCCACAGGGCACCGGCUCAGUUAGCGCCAAGGGGCUCAUCGGGCCACGGUCUCCUCUGCCACUGAGUUCUGCUCUGACAAAGGGCCUGAAGGGGUGGCAGGGAAGGUGUGUGCUGGGGCAGUGAUGCCAGCUGCUGAGUCUCCUCCCAAGCAUCCGACCUAUUGCAGGAGCUGAGGCCACUGAAGCUGGGUGAAGAGUUGGUGAAUUAGCUGCCAAUAGACGUAGGUUUUAUGACUUUGUUUGGAGUCAGCUGAGGCAUGGCCCUGCCACCAUUACUGAGCCUUAGGGCUGCUUGCUGGCUCUGCCCUGUGCCCGUUGUGCCCGCUACAUGCUCUUUGUAAUGCAGACUCUAUGACUGGGCACUUAAGUCACAUGGCGUUGUUUCUGCUCCCUGACUGGAUGGGUCCCACGCCCACAGAAAUCUUCCAAGUUGGUCCUUGAAUAUUCAGGGUGUGAAUGCCUGUGCAAAUUCGUGCCAUGCACAGUCAGCGUGCAAAGCUUCUGUGCACAAGUACAGUGUCCCAGUUCUUCUCUUUGGAGGUGCUAGGGACCAAAAUGUCACUUGUGAAACUGUUCACGAGGAGUAAAUCGGGGGGGCCGUGGACAGGCAAAGCACAGUCCUGAAGUUUACACAAACGAAUGUUUGUCACUGCCAUUUGCCAGCCUUUGCCCCGCUGUACUAGAGACGCAGGCAACUGGAGUGGGGCAUUCCAUUCAGUUCCAAACCCCGUCUGGUAAAAACCACAGGCGUCAGUGAUGGAAAAGGCCUGGGAGCCCCGUUCCUUUCCCUUUGCUUUCCACUGCCAAUGCAGGAUUGUUCCUGGCUGCCUCAGGGAUUUGUCCAGCCUCGUUGUAACCGUCUCGUGAUGGGCUCCCCUUGAGCCAUUAUUCUCCAGACCGGUAGCUCCCCAGGCCAGCUCUAGCCAAGUUUCCAGCCUUAACAAGAGAGAUGAGAGUCAAGUUUUAAAGAAGCCAGUUCAGGCAGGAGAACGGAAGAGCCAGUAUUCUGCAGCACUGACUUUCCAGCUGGUACCUGUGACACCGGGAGAGAGACCCACCUAACCUGAGAGUAGUUUCACCAGGGAGUGAUAAAGCGGCUGCUAAGCACUGCCCUCUCUCUAGCUAUCGGGAGGCGACUGUACCAUCCCUGGGAGGGAUAUUUCACUAGUACGAAGAGGAGCAGGAAAGAUGAGAGCGUUAUCCAUUACAUCCCCCAAAAGGCCAGUGGUUGCGCCAUAUACAUUUUUGCACAAGAUUUAUACAACUAUUUAUUUAGUAAUAAAAA